AGAACGUUACAGAUAAAGCUGAUGGCCUCCUCCCAUCUGGGACACCUCCUUGUGCUCUCCCUCUUCCCUCAGAGGUUUCUAAAUUGCUGUGAACCAUGGCCCAGUUGUACUACAAAAAGGUCAACUACUCACCGUACAGAGACCGCAUCCCCCUGCAAAUUGUGAGGGCUGAGACAGAGCUCUCUGUGGAGGAGAAAGCCUUCCUCAAUGCCGUGGAAAAGGGGGACUACGCCACUGUGAAGCAGGCCCUACAAGAAGCCGAGAUCUACUACAAUGUCAACAUCAACUGCAUGGAUCCACUGGGCCGGAGUGCCCUGCUCAUUGCCAUUGAGAAUGAGAACUUGGAGAUCAUGGAACUACUGCUAAACCACAGUGUGUAUGUAGGCGAUGCUUUGCUCUACGCCAUCCGCAAGGAAGUGGUGGGUGCCGUGGAGCUUCUGCUCAGCUACAGGAGGCCCAGUGGAGAGAAGCAGGAGUUAGUGAGAUACAAGCAGAUUGAGUUCAAGCACCGUGUAAGUUUCAAAGCUUCAGGGAGUCUCACAUAUAUGAAUGAACAGUACUAUGAGACCCCAGAUGAAGAAGAGUUUGCUGGGAGUUUAGCUUUCUCCCUGUAUACCUGA